UCGAUGACGUAGCGUUACGUACGUGCUGACGCCGCAGUGUUUGGGUUCGGGAGAGGGUUAAAGUACCAGAGAGCUAGAGAAUGGAGAAGACUUAGUUUUGAUCAGAAAUUGUUUGUAUAUAUUUAAAGACAUAAUAAGAAACCUACAUCUUUGAAGUCUGGCAGAAGGGUGAAGAUGAGCAAGAAGCCCCCAAAUCGUCCAGGAAUCGCCUUUGAGGUUGGUGCUCGCGUGGAGGCUCGGGACUACCUGCAAAAAUGGUAUCCUUCACGUAUUGAAAAGCUUGACUAUGAGGAGGGGAAGAUGCUAGUCCACUUUGAUCGUUGGAGUCAUCGAUAUGACGAGUGGAUUUUUUGGGACAGCAAUCGGCUGCGUCCAUUUGAACGACCAGUACUUCAGAAAGAUGGACUCGAGGAGGAGGAGGUGGCGGAGGAGGAGGAGGAGGGGGUGGAGGAGGAACAGUCUGAGAGUCUCAGCGAGAUGAGACCAUCUCGUCUCCGUGAGCAUCCUGGAUGUACAGCCAGCACUGAGGACCAAACAGAGUUACAGCAAUCAAAACAAGUUUUGAGAUCUGGAGAAGAAGUAUUAGCUCGCUGGACAGAUUGUCGCUACUACCCUGCUAAGGUAGAAUCAGUUAGCAAAGAAGGUACUUACACAGUACAGUUCUAUGAUGGAGUCAUUCGCUGUGUGAAAAGAAUGCAUAUCAAAUCAAUGCCUGAAGAUGCAAAAGGACAGGAUUGGAUUGCCCUGGUCAAAGCAGCAACAGCUGCUGCCAAGAACAAGGGAGCCUGUAAACCUCGUACCAGCGCCAACAGCAAUAAAGACAAGGAGGAAAGGAGAGCAGGAAGGGCAUCGCCAGGGAAGGAGGGAGAAAGCGCUUCUCUGGAAGAGAUGCAGGAUGCCCAGGAAGCAGUGGAAGAGCCUGGUCCCACAGAGAAAUUAGAUAAAACGGAUGCUUCAAUAGAGGCAGAACAACCUGAACCAGUAAAAGGAAAAAGGAAGAAAAGCAACCAGGGCAGCUCAUUCCAAGCAAAGAGAGCUCGUCUUAACAAAAUCACAGGUCUACUAGUUUCAAAGGUUGCUUAUGAAGAUGAGCAUGAGAACAAAGAAAAGAAAAGUGAAGUUCCCCAGAUAUCUGAAAAGGAACCUUCAGCAAGCACAGAAGAUCAAGAAAAAACUGACACCGAAGCCGCCUCCUCUUCUCCACCAAUUCAGAAACAUGUUUUACCUUCUGCCACACCUCCUGCCCCAGUGAAGUCUCGAAACAGACGUCUGAAGCAUGAUUCGGGAGAGUCUACAGGCAGCCAUAAGCAGUCAAAGUCAUCCUGUACUGUGUCACAAGCGGAAGAGUCAACUCCCGCAGCUGAGUCUGUGUCUGCCCCCACUCCUACUCCUGCCCCCACCCCCAGCGCUGCAGACACCCCACAGACGGCGCUUCCUCUGCCUACCCCUGCCAGCCCUCCCAGACCCUCGGAAAAAAGCCAACGACGAAGGCGAUCCCAGCGUUUGGCCACUUUUAUACCUGAUCCCUUCUGUGAACCCUUGCACUCCCUUCCUUCAGCCACUGAUGGAAAAAGGCUUGCCCAGAAACCAGAGUCUCAACAGGACCUUCCUGUCACUGAGGUUUUAGAUACCACGUCUGUUCCUCCGGAGGAGGAGCCUGAGCUACCCCUCGACCUCAGUAAAAGUGCGACAGUUGCUGCAACACCCCCACCACCAGCACCAUCUGUCCCACCCCCCCAGCCCCCUGAAACUGACAAGGAAGAAUCUCCUCCCUUGAAAACGCCAGCUGAUGUAAAAACAGCUUCCCCCACAACAGCUGCUGUUUUAAAAGGUGUUCCCAAGCCGCUGAAACCAAACAAGCAUGCACGGGAACCCAUAAUUAACACCAAAAAGCCUGAGGAUCCAUCAUCCCAUAAGGAACCCCUGAUAGAUUUAGACCACAAUAAGUUGAAGUGUAAGAUUCCUGGCUGCUCCAAAGCCUUCCGGAAGGCCAAGCUGCUGGAUUACCAUCUGAAGUAUUACCACAGCAUGGACAAGGAGACGGAGUCUGAGACUGUCUCUCCAGAGCGAGCAGUGCGCACUCGAGCAGCCUCUGCCUCUGUCCCUGAGUCCACUGCCCCAGAAAGUCACGAUGCAAAGAGACGGCGCACUGUGUCAACCUCCGCUUCCCUAUCAUCUCACGUCCAUGCCUUACAAUUGGAGUCACCUUUAAGUACUGGUCUGAAACCCUCAAAGUGCAGUAAGAAGAAGCGCUCCUCUGCCUCGUUGAGCUCUGAUGGGACAGACGCCCAGUUUCCAGUGCCGCCCCGCGAGAAGGGCUUCGAGAGUCUUCAUGAAAAAAUACUGAAGAGAGUCAUUGAAAAGGACAAGCAUGCAGAACCUGGAAUAUUAAGAAGUGAAAAGAAAAUAAAACUUGAAGAAAAGAGUCAACCAAUAGGUAAAAAGAAAGACAAGGACAAGGAACGGAAAGAGAAAAAGGAAAAGGACCCUUUCAAAGUUAAACAGAAGAAGAAGAAAAAGAAGAAAAAGAAAUCAAAGCAGCACAAUUAUUCAGAUUUUGAAGAUAUCUCGCUGGCCUUUUUGGAAAGGUGCACCUCUCCAGUCACUCGUUCUUCUGGUAACUCCUUGGCUCAGCGCAAUACCUCCUCCUCCAAACACACCUCCUUCCAGUACCCUCGAGCCAUUCUCUCUGUGGACCUCACUGGGGAGAACCUCUCUGACAUUGAUUUCUUGGAAGACUCCUCGACUGAGAGCUUACUGCUAAGUGGGGAUGAGUAUAACCAGGAUUUCGAUUCCUUUAAUCUUGAGGAUUCUCAAGAUGAAGAUGAUGCAGCCAAUGAAAUUGUGCGCUGCAUCUGUGAAAUGGAUGAGGAAAAUGGCUUUAUGAUUCAGUGUGAAGAAUGUAUGUGCUGGCAGCACAGUGUGUGUAUGGGAUUGUUGGAAGACAGCAUUCCAGAGCAGUACAUCUGCUAUGUCUGCAGGGACCCACCAGGCCAAAGGUGGAGUGCAAAGUAUCGGCAUGACAAAGACUGGCUUAAUAAAGGGCAUAUGUAUGGGCUGUCAUUUCUCAGCGAGAAUUACUCUCAUCAGAAUGCAAAAAACAUUGUCUCCACGCAUCAGCUGCUGGCUGACGUGUACAGUGUAAAGAAAGCACUUCGUGGACUACAGCUCAAGAUGGAUAUAUUGCAGAACAAACACAAUCCCAACUUGCACCUGUGGGCCCGAUCAUGGGUGAAUCCAGAUGAAGAGCAGCCAAUGGGAGGUUUUCCAGAGUGCAUACAUCACCAGGCAAGGAUAGCUGACUGUAUAAACCACAACUCUAACCAAAAAGCAGAAGACACUUAUAUCACUAGUGAGCAUAGUUACCAGAAGCCAUCAGGGUUUGGGCUGGAGCACAACACAGCUGCUGAUUUCAUGAGCUCCGACGGGGAAGAUGCUGUCAGGCUUGAUGAGGAGCCAGAGGCCAUGUCUGAAGUGGGCACAAACUCUGUGCCAAAAGAACAACAGGAAAGCACUGAAAUAGCUUCUUCAGAGGUUUUGAACGAAAACACUGCAGAUGAAGUGGAGUCAGACGACCAGGCAAGGACUCUUCUGCAGUGGCAGGUAAACCUCCUGACCCACAUCGACGGUGUGCAGAACCAGGUCGCUGGAAGAAUGGACCUGAUAGAAAAAGAACUAGAUGUAUUAGAAAGCUGGUUGGAUUUCACUGGUGAGCUAGAGCCACCUGAGCCACUGGCAAGAUUGCCUCAGCUGAAACGCAGGAUCAAACAACUCUUAACAGACCUUGGAAAAGUACAGCAAAUGAGUACUCUCUGUUCUGUUUGAUUCCAGCAUGCAUCUGGAGUGAGGGGGCAGGAAAGAGCUGCAUUGUCACAGUGACCCUUUCGUUUUCUUGCUGGGUGCUUUAAGUAAAAGUCAUGGGGGGGUGGGGGGGAGUAAUUUUGACUGAUUUGUCAUUCUUGAAUGCAAAAUAGUUUGUGGCUUGUGAACAGUGUUGUGAAUAGGAAAUAAUAUAACAAGAUUAAUUGGCCUGGCUCCACAAAGGUGACUUUAUGAAAAUAGACCACAUGGUCAUAUUGGUAACAUAGAAGAAUCUCUGUGGCUAACUUGCUAAAAGCGAGCUGGAGCUGAAUAAACAGAAAACUGGAAAGUCACAUAAAGUGCAUCAUUGAAAUUGGUGAGUGCCACACACAUUACAGUGGAUAUCAGCUCUGAUCACGUAUGUAUCAUACAGGGAAGGUAUAGUGGCUGUACAAUUAGAAUAAUGCUGGAGCCACAUCAAUGUUGGGCUAAUGUAGCUAAUAGAUAUACGCUGGAGCCACAGAAUACUAAUGGAGGUAGGAUACUGUUAUGAAGAAAUAAGCUUGGGCAACAAAGAUCUGUUUGUUGGACAUUGAAAAAGACUUCUAGUUUCUUUUAGUAUUUCUAAAUACGUGAAUAAGUACAGGCUACGACUACAGAAGUAACUGAAUGGAAACCAUUCAGUGCCACAUACAGCCUAAUGGACAGAUGCUAAGACCACAGCAGGAAACACAAUGGAAGUGAUCCAGGGGCAGAGGCAAUGGGGCCCAGACAGCCUCAACGAGAAACCAGUUCAAUAUUUAAAGCUGGUGUUUAAAGUUCCAACAAUUUUUUUGUUUUGUUUUGUUUUCCCUUUUUUUGUUUUGUUUUUUUUCUUGUAAGAGGAAUAGUUCAUAGGACUCCUGUUGGAAGAAAUGUAAAAUUACCCUCUUUCAAAAUGCACUCAAAGCAAUUUUGUAUUAAUUAUAUUAGCGGUCAUCCUGUAUUGUGCCAAGUGUAAUGAAUAGCAUAUAUGCUAUUCUUGUGUCAUAUGGUUGGAGGGUGCUUUGAAAAAGUAUAGUUUGCUAACGAGUCUCUUAUAUAUAGAGGUGCUGUAGAAGAUUUGAUCUUUUUACACCCAGCUUAAUGGUUGGAAAAAAGUUAAAAGAACAAAGUUCCUUCACUGAAGUACAAAUGUAAACUGAAGCCUAGAAAGAUAGGCAUAUUUGUACCAUCAGCAGCCCCAUGCAGUACUGCUUUUAUAUAUAUAUAUAUAUGUAUGUGUGUGUGCGUGUCUGCGUGUCUCUCUCUGUCUCUCUUGCUCUCUCUCUCUCUCUCUCUCUCUCUCUCUCUCUCUCUCUCAAGCUUUACUACAGGUUUCAAAUGAGGUAUAACUGCAGUGUACAAAAAUGAAAAGUUUUUUGCGAUCUAGACAAAAGGUUUAAAUGAUUUAAAAAAUAUUUUACUUCUGGAUGUUUUAGACAAAAGCCCUUCAGCUGUGUGAAAAGAAAAGUAAACAAACAACUGAAGAAGAAGAAGGCGGCCUGCUGUUGUCCGAAACAUCCUGAAAAAAAUUUAACCUUUAAACCUUAAUGUGUACAUCCAAAAAAAAAUUAAAAAUAAAACUUUACAUUGUUUUAGUCUUACUACAGCGAGCUAAAUGCAAACUUGAUGGAAUAAAAUAAAAAAUCAAAAUCCAGUAUGGAUGGUAUGUAUGUACAGUUUUUUAACAACUGUAAAAAAAAAACAAAAAAAAACAUUUGAGGCAUAUAAACUAAUUAAAAAAUAUACUUGAAAAAAUGUAUGCCUCAGUUUAUUCAGCAGUUCUAGUUAUCUGUAUAAAAUGCAUUUUAGAACUGGUAGGGUAUGAAACUUAAAAUUGCUUUUCACAGUACAUACCCACUGUACAUUCAGAAUGUAUUUAAAAUAACUGCAAACAAGACUUCUUUAUGUAUUGUACUUUAUGCAAAACUGUUCAUUAAAAAAAAAAAUCUAUAUUUUGCAUGUUUUUGUGGUGUAUACUGUAGGCUCUACAGGAUUAUUAAACCAGUGUAAGUACGUUUCAGUUCACCAAAGUUGGGGGCUGAUUUAUUCACAUAUAAAAUAAACCGGUGAAGCCCUCUGUCUUUCAGUUCAAUU